CAAUCAGCAGCUCAUGCACUACUCAGACACGAUGCCCACGUUGAUGGCACGCACUUUCAUACCUGGAAGCCUGGUGGCCUCCAUCCAUCAAACAUCACCUUAAAUUCACACACAACAUCAGAUGAAUGGUCCAUCACACAAGAAGAUUUCAUGAACCAAACAUUACAAGAUGUGUUUGAUGCGAUCACUAUGCAAGACCGUCUUGAUGGCAGAAUUUCCAUUAUCAUGCAUUGCGCUGGCUCUGAAGCCCCAGGAGCACUGUCCCCCGAACACUUUACGAUUGACCUCUACAUUAUGCCACACAAAUAUCAUGAAGUGCCAGAGCGUAUCGGAGGAGAUUUAUCGACCUUGGUGCAGGCUUUCAGUGAGAAAUUUGUAGUCCCCCACCUGCAGUGA